AUGGGGAACUUGUUGGAGUGCUCGGCCUCCGGGGAGAGGUUGGUGUCGGCGGCGAGAGAUGGGGACCUGAUUGAGGCCCGGAUGCUUCUCGAGUUCAACCCAAGCCUUGCCAAGUACUCCACUUUCAGUGGCCUUAAUUCCCCUCUCCAUUUCGCUGCUGCGAAGGGCCAUUGCGAGAUUGUGACGCUGUUGCUUGAGAAUGCGAAUGUGAAUUCCAGGAACUAUUGUGGCCAGACUGCGUUGAUGCAAGCUUGCCGAUAUGGGCAUUGGGAGGUAGUUCAGACUCUACUGCUCUACAGAAGUAAUGUAAUGAGAGCAGAUUAUCUGAGUGGUAGAACAGCUCUGCACUUUGCUGCAGUGGAAGGGCACAUUCGAUGCAUUUUGGCUAUUGGUUGCGAUUUCAUUCCUAGUGCGCCAUUUGACUCGGCUGCAGAUGGCGACAAAGGUGUUGUCCAGAGAACCAGCCCUGAUUCCUCUGCGCUAGUAAGAUUUAUCAAUAAGGUUGCUGAUGGUGGCACUACGACCCUCCAUAUGGCUGCAUUGAAUGGGUACUUCGAUUGUAUGCAACUCCUACUUGAUCUACAUGCUGAUGACUUAGUGGUGACCUUCCAUUAUGGCUCUAGCUUGGUGCAUUAUGCAGCAUGUGGAGGAACUCUUAAAUGCUGCCAGCUUGGUGCAUCGUGUGAAGGUGUUGUCGUUCAUUCAUGUGCACGCAUGCAACAUCUUGAUGUGGACGUGUGCAUGCUCAUCGCUCUCAUAAAUAUGUACUCCAAGUGUGGCUGUGUUGAUCAAGCUGUUGAAGUCUUUUGUUCCAUCGAAUGGAGAUGGAGACUAUGUGCUAUUGUAAUCAUUGCUGAUACAUGUAUAUCAACUGCUUGGUGGAAGUUGAACAUGUAUAUCAGAAGCCAAGUUUUUGUAGCCUGCAAGAUUGAAAUUCAGGAAUUCUGUAAUCUGUAUGGAGACACUGAGAAUGUUUCUCCGGGGAAUGCAACCGGCCGGGGAGGGGCUGGCAGCGGCAGGGGAGGAAUUAAACUCAAGCUUGUUGCUGCAAUGCUCUUUUUCUUAGAAUAUAACUAUGACGAUGGUGUGCUGGUGGCAUUAGGCGAGAAGGGCUUCACUGUAGCGACGACGACGAUGAUGUUGCCGGUGGCGUCAGGCGAGACUGGACGGUGA